UACUUUGGGCCGAAGCUGCAGGAGCGGCUCAAGGAGGCGCUGCAUGCCAAGGUUGAGGGGACCUGCACCGGGCGGUUCGGCUACGUCAUCACGGUGACCGAGAUCGUGUCUAUGGGCAAGGGCCGGAUUGAGGAGAACAUCGGAGACGUGGUCUUUGACGUCCGCUACAAGGCCAUUGUCUUCAAGCCGUUUACUGGCGAGGUCCUCGAUGCAGAGGUUGUCUCGGUCUCGGAAAUCGGUUUCUCCUGCACCGUCGGACCGCUCAACGUCUUUGUCCCGCACCAGCGCCUCGGCGACUUUUCCUUUGAUGCCGACGCUGCUCCGCAGUGCUGGACCUCGCCCGACUCGCGGCAUGUGAUCAAGGUCGACUCAGAGGUCCGCAUCAAGAUCCAGGCCGUCAAUGAGCACGCCAACGACAUCUUUUGCAUCGGCACCAUCUCGGAGGACUUCCUUGGUGUCAUCUAG